AUGACACUUCUCUACCAGGACUGUGGAAGUAAAAGCCUCAAUCCUCCUCAUCCUCAGUCCUCUUCCUUCUCUUCCUCCUCCUCCUCCUCCUCCUCCUCCUCCUCCUCCUCCUCCUCCUCCUCCUCCUCCUCCUCCUCCUCCUCCUCCUCCUCCUCCUCCUCCUCCUCCUCCUCCUCCUCCUCCUCCUCCUCCUCCUCCUCCUCCUCCUCCUCCUCCUCCUCCUCCUCCUCCUCCUCCUCCUCCUCCUCCUCCUCCUCCUCCUCCUCCUCCUCCUCCUCCUCCUCCUCCUCCUCCUCCUCCUCCUCCUCCUCCUCCUCCUCCUCCUCCUCCUCCUCCUCCUCCUCCUCCUCCUCCUCCUCCUCCUCCUCCUCUCCUCCUCCUCCUUCUCGUCCUCAAUCCUCCUCCUCCUCCUCCUCCUCCUCCUCCUCCUCCUCCUCCUCCUCCUCCUCCUCCUCCUCCUCCUCCUCCUCCUCCUCCUCCUCCUCCUCCUCCUCCUCCUCCUCCUCCUCCUCCUCCUCCUCCUCCUCCUCCUCCUCCUCCUCCUCCUCCUCCUCCUCCUCCUCCUCCUCCUCCUCCUCCUCCUCCUCAUCCUCGUCCCCUUCAGUCCUCCUCCUCAGUCCUCAAUCCUCCUCCUCCUCCUCCUCCUCCUCCUCCUCCUCCUCCUCCUCCUCCUCCUCCUCCUCCUCCUCCUCCUCCUCCUCCUCCUCCUCCUCCUCCUCCUCCUCCUCCUCCUCCUCCUCCUCCUCCUCC